GCUGGCCCCUUUUCCUGAGAGAGAGGCGCUUCGCGUCCCCGGGGGAGGCCUGUGUGGCUGGAGGAACUCCACUACCCAGAGAGCUCCGCGUUGAGCGGCAGAGGCGCACACCCAGUCAACAUCCAGAGAGCCGGCAUUUCCGUGAGGGCGCGCCAGAUGAAGGCGGGACUUCCGGUGUUUCCGUGGCGGUCAUUUUGGCGGUUCUCGGGGUGGGAAGGUUGGGAGCGUCCGGUGGGCUCCGAGGUGACAGACAGAGAAGGCUCGAGAAGAGGCUUCGUCCCCAGAGAAUAGAGGCGAUUGUAGGGUCUGGGACAUCGCCGCCCGCGAGGCCGGCCUGGGGACGUUGGUGCCGUGUCCUCCCGGGACGCUCGACUGUCAGCUCUCGGCUCCGCCCGUUGCUCCGGUGGCGGCGGCCGCGCUGAGGGACCCGCCUCAGGUUUCCAUGGAUGCAGAAGUGGUUUUGGAAGCUAUACAGGGAAGUGUGACCUUUGAGGACGUGGCCCUGUAUUUCUCCUGGGAGGAGUGGGAUCUCCUUGAUGAAGCUCAGAGAUGCCUGUACCACGAUGUGAUGCUGGAGAACCUGGCACUGACAUCCUCACUGGGUUGUUGGCAUGGAGUGCGAGAUAAGGAAGCACCUUCUGAACAGACCGUUUCUGUAGAAGGAGUGUCACAGAUCAGGACUGUCAAGGCAGGUUCAUCUCCCCAGAAGGCCCAGCCCUUUGAGAUGUGUGGCCCAGUCCUGAGAGAGAUUUUGCACUUGCCUGAGCACCAGGGAACACAUCUUGGGCAGAAACCGUACACGUGCGGGAGUCAACUUUAUUUCACUGCCAACCUUCAACAGCACCAGGGGCAGCACAUUAGAAGGAUACCCUACAGAAGUUCUGUGGCUGGAGCCUUGUUUGUAGAGAGCUGCACGACCCGUGUGUCAGGGAAAUCCUCUUCCUGUGGGGAGAUUGGGAAGGACUUCUUAGCCAGCAUGGGCUUUCUCCAUCAACCGGCCACUCUCAGUGAGAAGGCAAACAGCGGUGAUGCCUGUGAGGGUGUCUUUCACAGCGGAAGAACGCAUCAGAACUGGGGAGGAGGCAAGAAAGCCGUCACCUGCACCGGCACGCUUGUUGACCAGAGAGCCCUCACUGCAGAAGGGCUUUAUGAGUGCAGCAGGUGUGGAAAAGCCUGCACCCGGAGAUGUAACCUCAUUCAGCACCAGAAAGUCCACACAGGAGAAAGGCCUUAUGACUGCAAUGAAUGUGGGAAGUCCUUUACCUACCUCUCGAGCUUUAUUAUACAUCAGAGAGUCCACACUGGAGAAAGGCCUUAUGAAUGCAGUGAAUGUGGGAAGUCCUUUAGCCAAAGCUACAGCCUCAAUAGCCAUAUGAAAGUUCACACUGGAGAAAAACCUUAUGAGUGUAUGGAAUGUGGAAAAUGUUUUAGUCAAAGAUCUAAUCUCAUUCAGCAUCAGAGAGUUCACACUGGAGAAAGGCCUUAUGAGUGUAGCGAAUGUGGGAAAUCUUUCAGCCAAAACUUCAGCCUCAUUUACCACCGGAGAGUUCACACUGGAGAACGGCCUCAUCAGUGUGGUGAAUGCGGAAAAUCCUUUAGCCGAAGUUCCAGCCUCAUUCACCACAGGAGACUUCAUACUGGAGAAAGGCCUUAUGUGUGUAGUAAAUGUGGUAAAUCCUUUAAGCAAAGCUCCAGCUUUAGUUCACAUCGUAAGGUCCAUACAGGAGAAAGGCCUUAUGAGUGUGGGGACUGUGGAAAAUCAUUUAGCCAUAGCUCCAACCUCAAGAACCACUGGAGAGUUCACACAGGAGAAAAGCCUGUUGAGUGCAGUGACUGUGGGAAAUCAUUUAGCUGUAAAUCUAACCUCGUUAAACACCUGAGAAUUCACACUGGAGAAAGGCCUUAUGAAUGUGGGGCGUGUGGAAAAUCCUUUAGCCAAAGUUCCACUCUCAUUCAACACCAGAGAGUUCACACUGGGAAAAGGUCGUGAAUACAGUCGAUGUGGGAAAAAUCCUCCAGCCACAAUUAUUUUUAUUUUUGACCUCAUUCAACAGCAGAGACUUCACACUAGUGAAAGGCUUUAGAUGUGCUGGGAUGUAGUUUCCUUCUAGUGUAAUCACACAGGAAGAGAGAAACUGAGGGAGUCAUCUAAAAUAUCUGUAAAUCCACGUUGGGGACAUUCUCCUUACAGUCCAAGUAUGUGAGAAUCUUUCAGGAGUUGUGUUACACCUUCUUACCUGCCCAGGACCCUUGCCAGAUUUAUGUCACUGCCAGUUCUUUGGCAGGAUUCAUUUCACCUCUAUCACCUGGCAGGUCCACACAGUGUGCAAAAGUUAGGUCCCAACAUUCUCAGGGUGCUGACUUCUGUCCCAUCCCCAUUUGCAGGGGGAAAUAAGAGUGGUCUCAGGCCGUGUGGGGUCCUCAUUCCUGUCUCAUUUCCAGGUUAGGGCAUGGACUGGCUCAUUUUAGGUCCAGUGGACCUGAUCUGAAUUCUGUUGGUGACUUUCCAGGAAGGACUGCAUUUUCAAGGAUAUGUCAGUUUCUGGGGACACUUAUCUUGAAUUUUCCCAGCCUCCAGGUCACCAACUGCAUGCCUCAUGUUUGUUUGCAUUUUGUAAUAAUAAAGGCACUAAUGUUUAAGCCA